CAAUAAGCACCUCGCCGCCUCUCCAGCUGCGCCUCUCCCUUCGCCGCUGUCCGAUGUGGAUGGUGACGCUACUCUCGACGCUCGGGUACGGCGUCGCGCGCGGUGCGCUGCCGCGCGGCCCGGCGGCCGCCGCCGUCCGCGGCCUCGCGCGCGGACGCGGCUCUCGCAUGUGCGCCGCAGCCGGCUCGGAGCCGGGUGCACGCACGCGCUUCGCGCCGUCUCCGACGGGGUCGCUGCACGUCGGCGGCGCGAGGACCGCGCUCUAUUCGUGGCUGUGGGCGCGGCAGAAUGGCGGCCAGUUCCUCCUCCGCGUCGAGGACACGGACACCGCCCGCUCGACGCGCGAGUCAGAGGACGAGGUGCUGGCCGACCUCGCGUGGCUGGGGCUGGUGCACGACGAGGGCCCGACGGCGGGCGGGCCGCACGGGCCGUACCGCCAGUCCGAGCGGAUGCAGGGCGGCCUCUACCAGGAGCUCGCGCAGAAGCUCCUCGACUCGGGCGCCGCGUACCGCUGCUUUUGCACGCCGGAGGAGCUCGAUGCGAAGCGGGCGGCGGCGGAGGCGGCGGGCGAGAACCCGCAGUACGAUGGGACGUGGCGCGACGCGGACCCGGCCGAGGUGCAGCGCCGGCUCGACGCGGGCGAGCCGUACACCGUCCGCUUCCGCGUCCCAGACGGGAAGGUAGUCGGGAUCGAGGACGCGGUGCGCGGCCGGGUGGAGUGGGACGUGCAGGCGACGGUGGGAGACUUCAUCCUGCUGCGCAGCGGGGGGAUGCCGGUGUACAACUUUUGCGUCGCCGUCGACGACGCCGACAUGAAGGUCUCGACUGUCAUCCGAGCCGAGGAGCACCUGACAAACACGGUGCGAGAUGCAGCCGAGAUGCAGCCGAGAUGCACCAGUGCAAGCCAUCCCGCAACUACCUUCGAAAGAUUGUGCGCCCUCUCCACCUCCCCCCCUCCCUCCCCCUCCUCCCCUCCUCCUCCUCCGAGCUCCCUCCCCCUCCUCCGGUCCGGUCAGGUGAACCAGUUCCGGCAGCAGGGCUACCUGCCGCAAGCGAUGCUCAACUACCUCUGCCUUCUCGGCUGGAACGACUCGACCGACCAGGAGCCACCCCGCGCCGAGAUCUACUCUGUCGACGAGCUGGCCGCCGCCUUCUCGCUCGAUCGCGUCACAAAGUCUCCCGCCGUCUUUGACCUCAAGAAGCUCAACUGGAUCAACGGCCAGCACCUGCGCGCGCUGGCCGAGGAGGAGCGCGCCGCGCUUGUCGGGCGCCACCUCGCCGAGGCGGGCGUCGCGAUGGCGGCGGACUCGCCCUUCUCGCUCUCCGCCUCGCGGAUGGUCGCCGAGAAGAUCGAGCUCGUCAACGACGCCUCGCCGCUCGUGCGCGACGCGCUCGCCUACCCGCUCGCGGACUCGCUCGCUUCCAGCGGCGCGCAGAAGCUGGCCGACGAGCUGCGCCGGGUGGGCGGCGCGCUCGUCGCGGCGCACCGCGAGGGCGUCCUCCCCGACGGCGCCUCGCCCGACUUCGAGGCGGAGUGGAAGAGCGCCGUCAAGUCGUUCGGCAAGGAGCUCGGCCUCAAGGGGAAGAGCCUCUUCAUGCCGCUCCGCCUCGCCGUCACGGGUCGCAUGGCGGGGCCCGACGUGGGCGCGCAGCUGCAGCUCCUCGCCCUCGCGCCCGACGGCGCCAAGUGCGAGAGCGUGCCGCUCGACGCGCGCAUGGCGCAGCUCGAGGCGGCGCUCGCAGACAUGCCCGUCCCUGUCGAGGCCUGAAGGGGAGGUAUGGCGCUGAGAUCACGGUAUACGUCAGUAGCUAGCACAAUGGGGGGACGAAGGGUUGAGAAGGGAGUGCCGGGCGGGAUGUGGUCUUUUGGUGUGGCGUUCAACGUCAAGUUGGGCGCGAAGAUAUUACAACACAGUUGACACU